GGUCAGCCCAGAGCCGCAGCGCUAGCGGCCGUUGUUAGCUGCUUGGUUAGCACCAUGGCGGCAGUACGCAGCUUGCGGGUCUCGGUGAAAUCAGACAGCGGCUCCGACCGCUCGGACUCGGACUCCGAGUCGGACAGAGAUGCCCGCGAAGCCGAGCCGAUGGAGGUGGAGGAGGGAGAGCUGGAGCCCGAGGACAUCUCCGUUAACCGCUCUCUGAAGGAGCUGCUGCCGGACACCAAUCGGCGGUAUGAGAACAAGGCCGGAGCCUUCAUCACUGGAAUUGACGUCAACUCUAAGGAGGCGAUCGAGAGGAAAGAGAAGCGAGCGCAGCGUUUCCAUUUUCACGGGGAAGAGAAGGUCGGCCAGCGGAACGUUUUCCUGGAUAAAGACGCCAUGAAGAAGGCCAUCCCCCAGCUGCGCAUGGAGGCAAUCCACGUGAUGGGCGUGGACGACAUGAGCACGCAGGACGUCUUCGGGUACUUUAAAGAGUAUCCUCCGGCUCACAUCGAGUGGAUCGACGACACUUCCUGUAACGUGGUAUGGCUGGAUGACGACACCCCCAUUCGAGCGCUCAUCAACACAAGCCGGAUGCCCGACUCGGAGGCUGUUACCACGGAGACGGGGUGCACCAGCCAGCCGGAAGAGCAGAGCAAAGGUCGGCGAGGUCAAGGAUCAGAUGACGAGGAUGAUGAAGAGGAGGAGGGCGAGGUAGACGAAGGUGGAGAGGAAACGGCGAAGGAGCGCAGCGAGGACAUUGAGGGGAAAGACGGCGACGCAGAGACGAAGACGAAUUCUGAGGGCGGACAGGACGACCUGUCGCGGGCGGAGAGAGCGUCCCUGCUGAGGAACGACCUGCGGCCCGCCAUCAAACCCUUCAAAGGAAACAAGCUGCUGCUGCGCUUCGCCACGCAAGACGAUAAGAAGGAGCCGGGCGCCGCUCGCCGCAGCCGAUACUACAUGAAGUACGGAAACCCGAACUAUGGCGGCAUGAAAGGCAUCCUCAGCAACUCCUGGAAGAGGCGGUACCACAACCGACGGAUCCAGCGAGACGUCAUCAAGAGCAAGAAGCCUCUGAUUGGAGACAGCAUGGGCCACACGCCGCCGUACACACACCGACACUCGGCGGAUCUCGUCAACCUGCCCGAGGAGCCCAUCAAGGAAGAAGAGGAGGAGGAGGAGGAAGAUGACGGCGACGAGGACAUGGACUCUGACGACAGGGUGGUGGAGUACAGGGAGAGGGGGGACAGGGGCGGUGGCUCACGCUCACUGGGGGCGGGGCUUCACAGCCGGGCGGACCGCUCUCCGUCUCCUUGGUCCGAGUCGGACGAGAUGGACUACGACCUGGAGCUGAAGAUGAUCUCCACGCCGUCGCCGAAGAAGAGCAAGAAGAUGACGAUGUACGCCGACGAGCUGGAGACACACCUGAAGAGCAUCCGGAACAGGAUCGGAACGUCGGGAUCACAGAGCAGGACCAAAUCCUCGUCGCCCUCUAAGGUGAUGGACGUGCGGCAGCUGCUGGAGGAGAAGCGGCAGGGCCACUCUCAGCACAGACAGCCCCCUCCGGUGGCCAGCGGCGGGAAGACAGACGUACGGCAGCGGCUCGGGAAAAGACGCUACUCUCCAGACAGACGCCGCUCCCCCUCGCCGCUGUCCCCGAGAGACACGCCCCCAGCCAGAGACGUGCAUCGCAGACUGGGCGUGGCCAGUCAGGACAGCAGAGGCCACUGCUCCAACUCAUCCACAGACAGGAAGACGGGCGGGCUGUGGAGCAGACUCGGCUCCAGUGACGAUGACGGCAGCAGCGCUGCCGCCAGACGUCACGACAGGUCAAGCGGCCGCUCGGCGGGGCUGUUCUCCUCUUCCUCAUCGGGCCGGGAUGGCGGUGGCAGCAGUAGAAGCGAGAGGAGGCGUGGCGACGGAGAGGGGGACGAGGAGGAGGACGACGGGCGCGGGGACGAGGAGGACGACUCAACGCUGCAGAGGAUGUGGGGCGCCAUGAUCAAACAGAAGCAGGAGCGUCUCACCCACAAGAUGAAGAAGAGUCGGCUGGACAACCUGCCCUCGCUGCAGAUCGAGAUCAGCCGCGACAGCAGCGACGAGUCCGACGCCUGAACGACACGAGUAGGGGGCGGAGCAGUAUUUCCUCUGAUGGACAUAAAGCAGCGCUGAGGCCGAGCGGACAACCCGGGUGAGUUGGGGAACGGGGCCGGGCGGCGAGCUUCUCCCUUUGAAAACACCUGAAAUAAUGACUCGUAAAUAUCAACAGAAACGUUUCAUAAAACUUCUCCAGGGAGCCGCAGUCCACCUCGACUCGCUCCCUGAAGCUCCGCCCACCUUUAAUUUCAACUUCCUGCAGUGUGCGCCCUCCUCACUUCCUGUCUGAAGCCAGGUGAAGUCGCAAAAAUGUCACUUUACCAUCCAGAUCAGUGACAGUUGCUUGGGGGCGUGGCCUAGAAUCACCUGCUGCAGGUGAGGCAGAAUGGAGCCAAAGGAAGCGAUCCGUCCCCUGAAGUCGUAUCGCCCAGUACUGAGGGGUCAGUCGGGUUGAGAGGUCAAUUCCUGGGAGCGUGCCUCGGCGUUCCGGAGUUUGUGCACUCGGCUGUGGAUCUGAGCACAUUUCAGAGGAAGUCCUGCGAAGUUCGGUGCUAAUUAUGAACAGAGGGAGAAGCUUUGGUUCCCGCCGCCUCCUCUCCUCCUGCCUGUGGUGUUCUGUCAGGAUGUGGCAAAGCAUCAUGGGAAACUCUCCGCUCACCUGCUGCUGCUCUUCUUGUCACCAUUCUCGCUCGCCACCAUUCCUCAGCUUUUCCCCGUCUGACUGCAGCUCAGACAGUGAAGUGACUCCGCCUCCAGCGUGUGGCGUAGGCGUGGUGUUAGCGCUGGCAGGACUGAGGCGUCCGUUGUGGGACAUUUUCCUACUUUUUGUCUCUUUAUUAUUUUUUUUUUUCUUCUAAACACCUUGUUGAUGACCCGGAUCUGUGUGCGUGCGUGCGCGAGUGAGUGCGUGCGUGCGCGAGCGAGUGAGAGUGAGUGUGUGUGUGUGCGCGCGCGAGUGAGUGUGUGUGUGUGCGCGCGCGAGUGAGUGUGUGUGCGCGCGUGCGUGCGCGAGUGAGUGUGCGUGCGCGCGUGCGCGAGUGAGUGUGCGUGCGCGCGUGCGCGAGUGAGUGUGUGCGUGCGCGCGCGUGUCCAUCGACAGUGUUCCUGUGACGUCACAUGAUGUGUUGUUUUUAAAUGAAACCUUUGGGUCCACGUGCAGGUGACACCACACUGCUGCUCCUGAGAUGAGAUCAUUAUUAAAAUACCGGCUGAUGUUUUAUUCCA